CCUAUUGUACCUUUACGACCGGCACUCUUCGGCCAAACUGAGCAUCAUUACCGCCUGCAUAGAAAAAAAGGCUCUGCUCUGCUCGUUCCACGGCUGCAAACGGAUAGCGCGGAUAGACUUGAACACGACCGAAGCUUGCUGAAACAGACACAGGACAGCAGGAAUUUGACAUGGGGCACUCUAAGCAGUCCAGCAAGGAGCCGGAGCUGUCUUCGCUCUUCCCAUACAAUACAAGGAUGACGCGGGCGAGCCACGCUGUGCAUGCUGAGCUUACAGGCCAACUCUUACGCCGAACUCUUGUCCGACGGGACUACUAUAGAGCAUAUAAGAUCUACAGCAUCAUGACUACCAAGAAGAAUAUCGCUGAGGAAUUCGUGUGGAAGAUCGGAUGCGAGAUCUUGAGACAGAAGAGUGAGUACGAGCCCCUAUGCCUACGCUUCCUGCAGCUCAUCUUUACAAAGUCGAAGGAUUGCAGAGAAGCAAUUCUUGUCGAAACCGCACUUUAUCAACUUCGAUGCGGUAAACUUGAAGAUGCCCGUGAAACUUUGGAACCGUACCGUGAAAUGUACCCUUACGACGAAAAUCCGCUUGUGCAAGGUUAUGCGGGUGUUAUUGAGUUUGCAUUAUGGACCAAAGCCAUUCGCGCAAUGACUACACGAACGGGGAAUAAACAGAACGCCGAAGCCAGCAUUAGGAGUUUACCUCAGCUCGGCCAGGGGCACUUAGAAUCUGACGACGGUAGCGACGUGGAUUCGUACGAUUUUUGGCUGAGUGCAGACAACGAUGAAAGCCAAGAUUGCAUGGCACGGAAGGCAGACAUAUCAAGAUAUGAACACAAUGCUGACAGGCUACUGGAGCGAGCUCUUCAGCUGAAUGGCAGGAAUGACAUGUUUCUUGUCUAUCUUGUAAUACUGAGGUGCGGCAAGGUGGACUUCUCCGGGAUGGAUUCGAAAGCAAUGCCGCAGGCGAGAAAGGAUGCUAUCAGCGAGAUGAGGAGCUUUUUGCGGCGGUUCUAUGGUAAUAACAAAUACAGCCUUCUGUCAUUACAAUUGCUGGCCGCACUUGAGAACCGAGAGAGGCAACAAACCCUUGAACUCAUCUUGAAGCAUGAUCCAGCGGCGGAUUCGGAGCUAUAUGUCCGUCCACUGCUGAACAUGUUGAAAAAGAGGCUCGGAAGCGAACAACGGGAAAUAAUCAUGCAGGAAAACUCUCAUACCAAGACAUCGUCUCGAUACAAGAUACAUGCUUCUUCGCAGGAUCAAAGGACAAUUCUUCAUGGCAUGGACAUAAAAGAUUUUCGGCCAAUUUUGGAGCUGUUGCUAAUGCGUGCAGAGUUUGGGGUACUGACAGGGUGGGAGGAGCAGGAGUUAGUCAGGAUCUGCGAUCUCGUCUGCUUCUGCUCAGCCUGCGGCGAGACGACUGAAGUCAGAAAGCAAUCCUGUUUCGAAGAUUUGCCCCUCGAAGCCCAGCCCCCUUGGUACAACAAGCUGGCCUUGAUUUUGAGUCGCAUCAAAUAAAGCAAAAAUGAGUCCUAAUGUACGCUCCAAGUCAUAAUAUCCCUCCCCACCUGUAAAUUCGUCUAGGGUUCCAUAUAUUGUAGAGAGUGGGGGGAGAAUGGCAGUGCAUAAAGCCCCUUCGGGGCCAAG